AUCUUACAAGCACAUAUAGGAUAAUAAAAUAAAAUAAACGCUCUAUAUUCGGCCUGAAAUAAUUUACGAGAUCGUUGCGAUUGUUAUUUCUUCCAAAUCAUUAUGCCUAGUUGAAUCAUCUAUCUACUCUUACCUAGGCUACAUUCCAAAACGUCCUUUCCGAGGAAAAUUUUACUCGAAAUAUAUAGUACACGUAACGUAUCCUAUAUUACAUCGAGUAAAAUUUUCCUCGGAAAGGAUGUUUUGGAAUGUAGCCCUAGUAUUCUAAAAGAUCUAUAUUUCAAGACGGAAUAUGAAUUAUCGAUAUAAUAUUUACAAUUAGACGAGUGAAUGAAAUAACAUUAUCGUGAAAGUUUGCUGGAAAUUUCAAGAAUCUCAAUAGAUUUAGUUCUACCACAUCUUUACGUUUGUGAUAACGUUUCUGCGUACGGUUUGUGGUUUAAGUAAGGAAAUUGUGUCUCAAGCAGUUGUGUGCAAUCGUACAACGGCAAAAUGAAGUGUUACUAUGAAGUAUUAGGAGUUGGAAGAAAUGCUUUGGACGAUGACAUAAAAAAGGCGUACAGAAAGUUGGCAUUAAAAUGGCAUCCUGAUAAGAAUCCUGACAGUCCAGAUGAAGCAAAGGAACAGUUCCAACUUGUCCAACAAGCAUGGGAAAUCCUAAGCGACCCCCACGAACGUGCUUGGUACGACAAUCAUCGAGAAGCUAUUCUGAAGGGUGGUAUCGGGGAGAACUACAAAGACGACUCCAUCAAUCUUUUCUCAUACUUUUCCGUCUCAUGUUUCAAGGGUUACGGGGACGACGAAAAGGGUUUCUAUACCGUUUACAGAAAGGUUUUUGAGCGAGUGGCAGCGGAGGAUGCAGAAUUUGCAAGAAAUGGCGAGUCGAGCGACGAGGAGGUUCCUAGCUUUGGCAAUUCUCAGAGCUCCUACGAGAGUGUGGUGGGCAAUUUUUACGCCUACUGGCAAAGUUAUACCACCAAGAGAUCCUAUGCUUGGCUGGAUCCAUAUGACAUACGUGAAAUGAGGAACAGACGCAUCCUCAGGCUCGCCGAGAAGGAGAAUAAGAAAGUGCGCGACAAGGCAAGGCGCGAAAGGAACGAGCAAGUGCGGAAUCUGGUUGCUUUUGUUCGCAAACGCGACAAGCGAGUGCAAACGUAUGCGGCGAAAUUAGCUGAACGUGCUCAUGACAAUUUUCGUAAGGCAGAGGAACGAAGAAAGGCGCAUCUGCUGGAAAGGCAGAAACUCUUGCGAGAUCAAACCGAAUCCGAAUGGUCCAAGUUCUCCAACAUGGAGGGAGAAUUAAGAAACAUUGAGGCAAAUCUAACAGCAGAGUUUGGAAUAGAUGACAGAAAGAUAACAAUGAAAAACAGCAAUCCAGAAACGUUUUACUGCUUCGCCUGCGAUAAGAUUUUCCAGACGCACAAGACCUUUAUGAAUCAUGAAAAUUCGAAAAAACACAAGGAAAAUUUGAGUGCGUUUAAACGUGUCACUCCAAACGAUGACGAUGACGAUGACGAUGGCGAUGGCGAUGGCGAUGGCGAUGGCGAUGACGAUGACGAUGACGAUGAUGAUGAUGAUGAUGAUGAUGAUAAUGACGACAACGACAAUCUCCACAGUAGUUGCCGUGAAAGCGACUCGAGCAGGGAAGAAGAAUCAGUUUCAUUAAACGAAAUCAAAUUGGCAACAAAUUCACAGAUGCCUGAUUUCUUGUCGAACCCUGCUCAAACCAAUUCAAAACGAAACGCUGAUAGUGAUGCGUCUCUUGCCGAACUAAUGUCGGAUGACGAGAAAAAUCUAGAAUUUCCUCAACCAACGAUUGAAGAAAGGAAAGCAGAUAGAUACAGAGGUGUUCCGUUAGCCACAGAACCACUGAUAGAAAGUACCUCAUUUUUAUCUAAAAUAAAAAAUGAAGAUAAUGAUGUAACUUCUGAAGACGAGUUAAUAUCCGAUCAGGAAGAAGACAUUACUGCAUUGCCGAACCGUCAGAAGAAAAAGAAGAAGAGGAAACGUAACUUUCAGAAUCCUAUACUUGAACUUGCCAGUGAUGACGACACAGAGAGCAUUAACGAGGAAGUAUGGCUGUCAAAAAAACAACGCAAGAAGUUACAGCAGAGGAAGAUAGAGAUAAGUAAACAAUUGCGAAAUAAGGAAGAAAUGCACAAAGAAGAGGAACGAGAAAUGGAGAGUGGAAGCAAAAUUAUGGAAGAAACAGCGAAUGUGGUUAACGAAAAAUUGAAAACUGAUAAAGCAAGAAAAGAGUCGAGGAAAGAGGAGCGAGAUAGCAAGGGCAAAACUAAAAAGGAUUUGGCCGUCGAUAUUGAUGAUUUGGCUCAUCGCUGUGUCUCCUGUUCAUCCGAGUUUCCAAGCAAAAAUAAAUUGUUUGACCAUUUAAAGAAAACUGGACACUUUGUGUAUAUACCAGAACUAUUGAAAAAUAAAAGAAGCCAACAGAAAAAGAAAAAAGCAAUGCCCAAAGAAAAGGACAACUUGAAUAAAAAAAAAUAUUAAAUUCGUCUUGUUAUGAAAUGUUGUUACAAUUCAUCCUCAUGUAGCAAUAUAAUUUGUUAUGAUUGACAUGAAAGAUUUUUUAUAUUCAAUAUUCAGGGGAAUCCCUCUUGAGGAUGCACAUUCUAUAGCAAUUGUUUUUCUGUAUAUAUCUUGUACAAAGAUUCUGUUAAAUAGACUGUUUAAUAACACGAA